UUACUCAAGCUUCCGCCUACAGAGACCAUUCGACCUUUGAGUUUCUGAGUUUGACUUAUUUCACUGAGCACUAUACUAUAUUCUCCAUUACCAUCCAUUUACUGGCAAAUGCCAUAAUCUCCUUCUUUUUAGAAAAGUGAUCCUGCAAAUAAAAAAGAGAAACCCAACACUUAUGUUAAAACUACAAUGAUAACUAAUUAGAACAAAUUAAAAACAAAACAACAAUAACAAAAACCCACAACGAGCUACCACUUCACACCCGUUAGGACAGCUAUGAUAAAACCAACAACAGUAGUGGAAUUGGAUCCGUUGCCCCCGCUUGGAACGCUCGCGCGUCCACGCGGCUUUACCGGUCCUUGGCCAGUUGGUGCCCACUCGGUCUCCGCCCGCCUUGUGUCUGCCUCGCUGCGAGGUCUGCAGUAUGGCCCGCACGCAAAUCUACUGCUCAAACCAGUAUUCGAAGAGCACUAGGAGUACCGGUUCUACCACCUCAACACUGCCACACUGAGGACCAAGCCUUCAGCCUAUGAACCUUUGGGGGACAAACCACAUCCACAUCAUCACAAGCUCCAAAAAAGCCAACACUAUCCUGGUAUCUUGCAUCGAGGAGCCUUCAAGCAGGACUCUGAGGCAGCAUAUGCCCUGGUGCCCACAUUGUUCCUUCCACUGCCUGCCCUGGACCUUCCACUGCCCCUUAUGCAACAUCUGUGUGGAGGACUUUGACCACCACUGCAAGUGGGUCAAUAAUUGCAUUGGUCAUCACAACUUCCUCAUCUUCUUGCCACUGCUCGUAUCUUGCCUCUACCUGAGUGUCCUGCUGGCUACCUGCCUGAUAUUCCUCCUCACGAGACAGGGGCCCUUCUCCCUGGACAAAGCCAUGGCGUAUCCACACCGUACCAAGGGCCUGCACUGGGAAGAGCACAGGCUUGGGACUGGAGAGACCCACAGCCAAGGGGCAGGCCUCCUGCUGCCGCUCAUCCUGUUCCUGCUGAUCCAAGCUGCGUGGGUGAGCGCCGCCAGGCGCCCCUAAGAGGGCCAGGAACAAUUCCUUCAGGGGGACAACUUCUUCUACCAGGGCCGUGCCAGCAACAGGUAUUUGUCAGAAGCUGUCUGGCUGCAGAGAGAGGAAGUAACCGAGUGGGAUUCCCUGCACGCUCUGUGCUCACCAAGAUACUCCUCCCCACACCAUCCUACAGUGUUCCCUGGGCCCACAUCUCAAACUCUGGGUUUCUACACACGUGGGCAGGGCCCCCCAGGGAGUGGCAAGGCUGCAGCUUUCCAGGAGGUGAGGAGUAGCAGGUGUGCACUGGGAGAGGGGUGUCUGGGGGUUGCAUAUGUGUUGGGGCAAGCGUCUGAGGAUGGGCUGGCCCUGAAACUGAAGCAGGAUUAUGGACCUGGAGGGUGUGGGGUCCAGGUCACAGGACUUCACAGCACACCCAGGUGUCCCUGGAUAGACAGAGAGAAAAGACUGCACCGCUAACUUUUUAGUUGGCCUUGGGCCAGUCCCUUACCUUUCUGGGCCUCAGUUUCCUCAGCUAUUAAUGAGGACUGAGACCAGUCCUGUAGUGUAUCAUGUUUUAUAGGAGAAAUUUUUUUAAUGGAAAUUUUUACUUGAAGUCCCCAUGUGAAACAUACAGAGUGGAGCAUUAGGAGUGCAGUGGGGUGGGUAACCCACAAUGCCCCUUAAAGGUCCUUGUAGUGACUUGUGCUGCCAGCCCUCUCCUUUGUCCUGUCUCCAGGGACCCAGGGGCUUGACUGGGAGCUAUGGGGUGGAGGUCAGGGAGAGCCCCCAUGUAUUGACUCUGUGUUUAGCUUCCCAUCAGCCCAAUGCUGCAGCAGGAAGCCCCCAGGGGAGGCUUGGCCUCCCCUUCACCCCUUCACACCCAGCGAUGCAAGGAUGUGCACCUGAACUUCAUUUCGUGAGCCCCACAUGGAGGUCUUUUGUGCCGAACUCUCAUUCACUCCCUUUGGGAAUGCCAAGACCCCCGUGCCUGUUAAAUUCUCAUAAAUAUUUUUUGCUGUUUCCUGCA